UUAGCGGUUAGAAGAAAUUACGUACUUGAAAUAUAGGUUAGCGUGUAUAUUUUAAACAUUGAUAAGAUACCGCAACAAUUUCUAAAUUCAGUACGCUAAUGUAAAUUUAUAUCGUUAAAAUUAUGGCGGUACGUGUGCAAUUCGAAAAUAAUAAUGAAGUUGGAGUUUUCUCCAAGUUGACAAAUUCUUAUUGCCUCGUAGCAAUUGGUGGUUCCGAGAAUUUUUACAGUGUGUUUGAGGCAGAAUUAGCCGAAACUAUUCCUGUAAUACACGCGUCAGUUGCAGGAUGUCGUAUAAUUGGACGAUUAUGCGUUGGAAAUAAAAAUGGAUUGUUGGUUCCAAAUACGACAACGGACACAGAAUUACAACACAUACGAAAUUCAUUACCAGAUAAGGUUAAAGUACAAAGAGUAGAAGAAAGAUUAUCUGCCUUGGGUAAUGUUAUUGCCUGCAAUGAUUAUGUUGCUUUAGUACAUCCUGAUCUUGAUAGAGAAACAGAAGAAAUUUUAGCAGAUACAUUGAAUGUAGAAGUAUUUAGACAAACUGUGGCAAGUAAUGUUUUAGUAGGAUCAUAUUCUGUAUUAUCAAAUCAAGGUGGAUUAGUUCAUCCAAAAACAUCCAUACAAGAUCAAGAUGAAUUGUCAUCUUUGUUACAAGUGCCACUUGCUGCAGGUACAGUAAAUAGAGGCAGUGAUGUUAUAGCUGCAGGAAUGGUUGUAAAUGAUUGGGUGUCCUUUUGUGGUAUGGAUACAACUUCAACAGAACUUUCAGUUAUUGAAAGUGUUUUUAAACUUAAUGAAGCUGCACCAGCUGCCAUUACAUCAACUAUGCGUGCAUCACUUAUAGAAAGUAUGUCUUAAAGUCAACCUCUCUAAGAGAGUGUAAAAAUGAUUAACAGUAGGCUAUGUAUGUACAUAAAUACAAUAUUUAUGUCAAUACAAAUGCACAAAAGAAUAAUAAUAUUGUGCUUUCAAACUAAUUUCAUCAAGCACAUUUUCUGUAUAAUUCCAAUAUAAAAUUGUGACAAAAUUCUGUAAAAUUUAUAUAAAAUAUAUUAAGUUUUACUAUGGACUACUCAAACAAUGAUUAAUUGAGUGUAAUAUAAUUUUCAAUUCUCAAAAAAAAUAAAAAAAUAAAAAUAAAUAAAUAAAUUCAAUAAUAAAAUCUUAAUCUAAUUA